AGGUUACAGUCCAUGGGGUCACAAAGAGUCAGACAUAACUGAGCGACUGAACAAUAACAAGAAGAAGGAGUUUACCCUUAAAACAUUUUUUCUUUUGUAGGCAAAAUAUGUUUCAGUGUGUAGUUUGUUAGCAUUUAAAAGCUUGAAAUGGGUUGCCAAUAAAAACAGUAAACAUAACUGACAUUUUUGAGAGCUAAUUUUGUACUAGACGCUUUGCUAAGAGCACAUAGAUUGGUCUUCAGUUUAGUUAUUUUGGAGGCAUGCAUUUCUUUCAUUAAUUAACAUUGUAGAACCGCAGAAAUGUGUUUAUUAUCAGUUUAAGUAUUCCAGUGAAUUUUCCACAUUCCUGAAUAGAUAAAAGAUUACCAAAAUAUUAAUAAUUGUUGAACCUGGAUAAUAUAAUACCUAGAGUGUCCUUAUACUAUUCUGCUUUUGCGUACGUAUGAAAUUUUCCAUAGUAAAAAGUGAAAAACAAAUCGAAACCCAUAAUAGAAUCCCAUCAUCCAAGAUCAUCCAUCCUGCUUGUGUUCCUUUCUUCCCAUCUCCUGCUCCACAGGACAGUUGGCCACAUAUGUGGAUACACGUCUCUCAAGCUGGGGAGGGAAAGACCAGUGACGCUUACCCUGGUCUGCCCACUACUCCCUACCCCAUCCUUCUUGAUGGACUUAGGAAGUUUCUCUUCUCAUUUUUCUCCCUCUCAUACAGGUAUGAAUCUGUACAAAACGUGUGCUGUCUUUCUUUGGUGGCACAUUCAGGAGAGGGUACUUAGGGGACACCUGCUCUUUUCAUCUGCCAGAUUCUCCUCCUACCCUUAUUUGGGAAGAGCAACUCGUUUCCUAUGGUGAGCAAAUCCUCCCCCAAGUUCUGGUGGGGCUGUUCCUCAUAAUAUUCCACCUAGCCCUGGGGAGGCAUGGGUAUCUAGUCAGGAGUGGGACAUAUAUAUAUACUCUGUUGAUGACCAAAAUAAUUGAUCUAUAUAGAUGGACACAUGACUUGAAGCAGGUCAGUUAGAAUCCUUUCAAUCUUAUUUACAGAUGGUAAAAGCAGGAAGGCCUCCCUUCCCUCCCCCCAACUCCCCGUCCCCCGCCUCCAACCCUCCAGGGUGUUAGCUGAGAUGGUUGAAGCCUGGAGCUGUCCCUGGCCAUGCUCCACCCCCACCAGCCUAUAGAGGACGCUCAUGUGUAGUAGGAGAGAAUACAAUCAAAACUUUGGAAAAAAGCAGAGAAAGAGUAGGAACAAAAGUGAGAAUGAGCGUAAUGAUGACUGAACUCCAGGAUCCAGUCAUUACUGCAGCCCUUAUCCUUUCUCCUGUCUUAAGUUAGGAGUCAGCACAUUGCCUUUUGCCCUCAAGCUAAUUUGAGUUGGGAUUUUAAUCUACAAGUCUUCAUCAUUACAGGGAGCAGAUCUGUGACAGCUACCGCUCUGUAUUUCAGGAGUACUAUCUAUAUUCCAGCUAAGACUUCAGCAACACCUGGUACAUGGCAAGUGCCUCAGACAUAAGUGCUGAAAGCUCAAUAGGUCCUCCUUGAUAAUUGUUAAGCUCUUUGGUCAUCCUCUUGAUUUCUUGGUGCAUUGAUUAAAAUAGAAUAUUUAUCUCCUUCACUCUCUUGUUUCAUGCUGGUAACUUAAAGGUUUGAUUUGAGUCUCUCAAACACAGCUGUUUUUGCAACUGAAAGCAUGAUUUUUUUGCACAGCUAGAGAAAGCUAUUUCCAACACAGAUUUCUAGUUCAGUUUUCUAAGAACUCCGUAAGAUUUGCAGCACAGCGGGCCCACCGCAAGGCACAUCAAUCAUCUCCCGUUUAUCGGGCACCUUUUACAGGAUUUUCUGUGAUCCUGGUGUCAGUGCGCACUGUGUAUCAAGGCAGAGGUGAUAUGGAGGAGUCUGGCAUCUAUUUAGAAGGGAGGCCAGGCAGUGCCGUGCCAGUAUAAUUAAUGAGAGUCAUCGCUCUGAAAGCCAGAGGAGAGUGGGGGUUGGGAAGGAUGUCUUUCACCAGUCAAUGGCAUUUAAGAAAAAUCGGUGCUCUCAUAGCCCUUUUACUGCUGUGAGGAGGUUAAGUCAAAGGAGUGCUGUAAAGGGCUUUCUGUAACUCCCUGCGAGGAUGGAGGUCCCUGUGUAUGGGGAAGCAGGGAGAAUUCAACCCUAGAUUUUUCAGCAAGGCUGAUUUCAACCUUGAAUUGAGCUCCCAGCGGGAGUUCCUUAUGCUUGGAAAUCCUUACUAAAAGAUUAUAGCUUAUGUGACCAAGAGACCAGUCAAAAAAGGUACUUUAUUACUAUUUGGGACUUAUGUUUUACCUGCUCAAAGAAGUGUUAACCUAGGUCCCAUUUUCUCUAAUUCCCUUGUAACCAGUGAAGGAAGAAUGGGGUGUUAUUUGGUUUGUUUUCCUAUGGACUGUUCAGUAACCAUGGAAGGGUUUGUGUAACCUAGAGAGGCUGUUUACUACCCACUGUCUAAUCCCUUUGUUAUUGUUCUCCUUGAUUGUCACAAGCAGGGAAAAAUAGUUUUGUCCUGCUUCUAAAAACUUAGUGUAACAACCACAUUUUCUUGGUUUUAGUUAGUAAUUUUUCUCUGAUUAAUGGUGAAAGAAAGACUCAGAGGGAAAAGCUACAUUAAAAGAUUUAUGGAUAUAUACACUUAAGACCAUGAUGAAGUAUGGUUCACACCAACUUCAGAAUGAUUGCCUUUGAGGAGAAAGGGAGGGAGAAGGGCCUCGGGAUGGGGUUUUAGCUGUAUCUGGAAUGCUUUAUUUAAAAAAUGAAGGGAUGAAGGAAUCAGAGUAUGAUUUGGGUUGUUUGCCUUGUUUUUGGUAGGUUUGAAAUAUUGUAUAAUUUUAAAAAAUGUAGUGUUCUCAAAAUUAUGGUAAUUGAUUAAAACUAUAAAAAUAAAGGAUGCAUAGCAAACAAGUGCCCUUGUUCUGAACAUUUUUAUGCAUUUAUUUCACCAUUUGUCUUCUUCCUAUCUGAAAAAUUGCAGAUGCAAACACAGAAGGUUGGGGGGACAUGGAUAACUUCUAGGGUUGUGUGAGGGGUUGUCUUGAGUAUCUUUCUCCCCCUUUCUUUUUCUUGGGGGAGGGUGCUUCCUAAUCACCAGGGAGAUUAACAAUCAAACAACUCUCCAAAAAGCACCCUAGGGCUGGAAGGAGGAUCUGCUUCAUUUCUUCUAAGCUGGGAAUUUGCAGCUGGGCCAGAAAAUUUGGGACAGUGUCUUUCUAUGGAGCCAAAGGACCUUCUGCAUCUUUUCCCAAACUGAUUUCUUCCUGGUACUCCUGGCAGGAAGAAAUCCAAGUAACUAUUCAGGUGGCUUUUUCCUUUUUUCUUAGAGUAUAGGAUCGCCUUCUGGGCUAAAGUUUCUUCUUGCCCAUGGUGCUUUGCUGUGACAUUGUAAUUGCCUCUGUUGAAUUGAAUAAUACAAAUGGGUUGUUUCUAUGGUAUCGGCUAAGUAGGAUGAAAAGGUGAAACCCUAGAUCUUGCGCUGGGAGGUCACCGGUGCUACCACCCCCCAACACUAACUGUCCGUCAAAGCUGACCGGCAGCCAGGCCCCCUGUUCUCCGAGCUCUGGCGCUCAUUUGUAACUUCCUGAGCAAAUUCACGCUUGACAAAGAAAAUGACUUUAGUUUAUGUUGUCACUAAGCCCAGAAAAUCCCUGCCAACCCCCAGCUGCCAGCUUUCCUAGGACCUUCUUAUUGGUGGAGAAUUUUAAACUGAAGGUGAGUGAGGAGCCGCGUCUUCCAGUCCCUCCCAGCCAGGCUUUGAACUAACAAUAGGGCAGGUUGAAUGAAGGCUGAUAAAUGCAAAUCCCGGAAUGCCGACACCGGAUCACAGCGCGACCGCCUGGGUGCGCGCUCCAGCCGCCGCAGCGACCUAGUCACUCGCCACGUCGGGAUGCUCGGUAGAUUGCAUCGUUUUAGCACCACUGGAGUCCCUACUGCUUCCCUCCGCAGGCCCGAGCUCUCGUUCAUCGCCUGUGGGCCGCUCGAGUCCCCCUGCCACUAAAUUGAUCUGAUUGAGUAACUGGCAUGUUAACUCUUAGGAGAAGCACCUGGGAGACGGGGCGGGGAAAUAAAAGUGGGCUUCACCCUCUCUUGCUCAGUUUUAGCUCCACUUUACUCAAAGCAGGUUUUCUUGGUUGUAACAGCAUAAGAGAUGCUAUUUUCUUAGAAUGGUAAAAACAAACAAACAACAACAAAACAAGAGGGGAGAUAAGAUGAGCAGGUGGGAAUUUUCCUUAAGAUGUACUUCUGGCACUUUUUACUUCGGUGCAAACUGCCCAUAGUCCCUGCUCCCUUCCUUCCCAGCUUCAUUUCGCCAGACUUCUUUACUGUCCCACCGCGGACGUUCUUGAGUAUCUCAGCCCCGAACUGAGUAUCGAGGGGUUUCCCUAGGUUUGGGACCCUUUGAAACUUGAGGGAGAAAACAAAACAACAACAACAACAAAAAGAGUUCAUCUCCAGUGCUCCUGACCCUUGGCUGCCGAGGAACCCCUUAAGGAGGUGUAAGCCCUGGGGUCCGGGCCCAGCGCUCGGACCCUCGCACCCAGUCACUGGGUCCCCUGGCGCCGGCGCCAGCUCCAGUCCGCUCUCCGCGGCUCCAGUUCCUGCUUUCCGCCGGAGCUGAGGCACUGGUAGGGAGGGGGCUCCGGAGUGAGUGUGAGGAUUUGAAUGAGAAAGCAGGUUGUGGCGGCGGCGACCCAUUCUGUCCUGCCCGUCUCUGGGGAUCUACAGGCUGGUGUGCAGACGAGUCCUUCUGGGGGGCUUUUCUGCUCCUCCACAGGGUUUUGGAGUUGGAGUCACAGGGACCAAAUAACUUAUCAAGCUAGCACUUCGGAGGACUCAGAGGAAUCCCUCUCUCGAGCAAAGUUGAGCAGUUCCGGCCGGGACACGCUCUUUAGGACAGUGUGAGGUGUGCGAGUGGGGAUCCCUCAAACCCCCUGGCGGAGAACUGGACCACAACUGGUCUUGAGGUCCCGUAAUUUCGAAGGAUGGGUGUUUGAGCCUGCGCCAGGAUUUAACUCUCAGGUCUCUUGUGGUGGGCAAUUUGGUUUUGAUGCUGUGCCAGCAAUCUUCUGACAAUGAGUUACUGGAACUUGGAGAAAAGGAACUGUGUGCAGUACCGCAGGCAUUUUCUGGUGGACAACAGCCCAUUUCAUGUUGAAAGAUGCAUGAGCGUAAUGCAGUCUGGGACACAGAUGAUCAAGCUGAAGCGUGGGACCAAGGGGCUCGUCCGGCUCUUUUACCUGGAUGAACACCGGACCCGCCUCCGAUGGAGACCCUCUAGGAAGAGUGAGAAGGCAAAAAUACUUAUUGACUCCAUUUACAAAGUCACCGAAGGUCGGCAGUCUGAGAUAUUCCACAGACAGGCUGAGGGGAGCUUUGAUCCCAGCUGCUGCUUCACCAUCUACCAUGGCAACCACAUGGAGUCCCUGGACCUCAUCACCUCCAACCCCGAGGAGGCGCGCACCUGGAUCACAGGCCUCAAGUACCUCAUGGCUGGCAUCAGUGAUGAAGAUUCCCUUGCCAAAAGGCAGAGGACCCACGACCAGUGGGUGAAGCAGACCUUUGAGGAAGCUGAUAAGAAUGGCGAUGGCUUAUUGAACAUUGAAGAGAUACACCAAUUGAUGCACAAACUAAAUGUCAAUCUGCCCCGAAGAAAAGUCAGACAAAUGUUUCAGGAAGCUGAUACAGAUGAGAAUCAGGGAACUCUGACUUUUGAAGAAUUCUGUGUGUUUUACAAAAUGAUGUCUUUGAGACGAGACCUUUAUCUGUUGCUUUUGAGCUACAGUGACAAGAAAGAUCAUCUAACUGUGGAAGAACUGGCUCAGUUUUUGAAGGUGGAACAAAAGAUGACAAAUGUGACAACAGACUAUUGUAUUGACAUCAUAAGGAAAUUUGAAGUUUCUGAAGAAAAUAAGGUGAAAAAUGUCCUUGGCAUAGAAGGCUUCACGAACUUCAUGCGUAGUCCUGCUUGUGACAUCUUUAACCCCCUGCAUCAUGAAGUGUACCAGGACAUGGAUCAGCCCCUGUGCAACUACUACAUUGCUUCCUCCCACAACACAUACCUGACCGGGGACCAGCUCCUGUCUCAGUCCAAAGUGGACAUGUACGCGCGGGUGCUGCAGGAGGGCUGUCGCUGUGUGGAAGUUGACUGUUGGGAUGGCCCGGACGGAGAGCCGGUGGUACACCACGGUUACACGCUCACUUCAAAGAUCCUCUUCAGAGAUGUUGUAGAGACCAUCAACAAGCAUGCCUUUGUGAAGAAUGAGUUUCCAGUCAUACUGUCCAUUGAGAAUCACUGCAGUAUCCAGCAGCAAAGGAAAAUUGCUCAGUACCUGAAAGGAAUAUUCCAAGACAAACUCGACCUGUCAUGUAUAGACACAGGAGAGACCAAGCAGCUUCCAAGCCCUCAAAGUUUGAAAGGCAAAAUCCUAGUGAAGGGCAAGAAGCUGCCUUACCACCUUGGAGAUGAUGCCGAAGAAGGAGAAGUUUCUGAUGAAGACAGCGCAGAUGAAAUUGAAGAUGAGUGCAAGUUCAAGCUCCAUUAUAAUAAUGGGACCACUGAGCAUCAGGUGGAAUCUUUCAUAAGGAAAAAACUGGAGUCGCUGUUAAAAGAAUCUCAAAUUCGAGACAAGGAAGAUCCUGAUAGUUUCACAGUAAGGGCACUCCUGAAGGCCACGCAUGAAGGCUUAAAUGCACACCUGAAGCAGCAUCCAGAUGCAAAGGAAAGUGGAAAGAAGGCACAUGGACGAUCCCUCAUGACCAACUUCGGAAAACAUAAGAAAACCACAAAAUCACGGUCUAAAUCUUAUAGUACUGAUGAUGAGGAGGACGCACAGCAGAAUCCUGGCAAGGAAACUGGCCAGCUGUACCGGUUGGGCCGCCGAAGGAAAACCAUGAAGCUGUGUCGAGAGCUCUCUGAUUUGGUUGUGUACACAAACUCUGUGGCAGCCCAGGACAUUGUGGAUGAUGGAACCACAGGAAAUGUGUUAUCCUUCAGUGAAACAAGAGCACAUCAAGUGGUUCAGCAGAAAUCAGAGCAGUUCAUGAUUUAUAACCAAAAGCAGCUCACGAGGAUUUAUCCCUCCGCCUACCGCAUCGAUUCCAGUAACUUCAACCCUCUGCCCUACUGGAAUGCAGGUUGCCAGCUAGUGGCACUGAACUACCAGUCUGAAGGGCGAAUGAUGCAGUUAAAUCGAGCCAAAUUCAAGACAAACGGCAAUUGCGGCUACGUUCUCAAACCCCAGCAGAUGUGCAAAGGUACUUUCAACCCUUUCUCAGGUGAUCCACUUCCUGCCAACCCCAAAAAACAGCUCAUCCUGAAAGUGAUCAGCGGACAACAACUCCCCAAACCUCCAGAUUCCAUGUUUGGAGACCGAGGAGAGAUCAUCGAUCCUUUUGUUGAAGUUGAAAUUAUUGGAUUGCCAGUAGAUUGUUCUAAAGAUCAAACUCGUGUGGUAGAUGACAAUGGAUUUAACCCUGUAUGGGAAGAAACCCUGACAUUUACAGUACACAUGCCAGAAAUAGCUUUGGUCCGGUUCCUCGUGUGGGAUCAUGAUCCAAUUGGACGAGACUUUGUUGGGCAGAGAACUGUGACCUUCAGCAGCUUGGUGCCUGGCUACCGGCAUGUCUACUUGGAAGGACUGACAGAAGCAUCUAUAUUUGUCCACAUAACAAUCAAUGAAAUCUAUGGAAAGUGGAGCCCUUUAAUACUCAACCCCAGUUACACUAUAUUGCACUUUCUAGGAGCUACAAAGAACAGACAGCUCCAAGGUUUGAAGGGGCUGUUCAAUAAGAAUCCCAGACACAAUUCUUCAGAAAACACUUGCCAUUACAUUCGGAAGCGAUCGAUUGGAGAUAAGAUUCUGCGACGCACAGCCAGCGCUCCGGCCAAAGGCAGAAAAAAGAGCAAAAUGGGCUUCCAAGAAAUGGUAGAGAUGAAGGAUUCUGUUUCUGAGGCUGCAAGAGAUCAAGAUGGGGUCCUGAGAAGGACCACGCGGAGUUUGCAAGCGCGCCCCGCCUCUAUGCCUGUUGACAGAAGUCUUCUUGGGGCUCUGUCGCUGCCUGUAUCUGAAACCACAAAAGACACUGAAGGAAAGGAAAACUCUCAGGCAGAAGAUAAGGAUGCCAGGAGAGAUGGGAAGGCAAGUGUAAAAGACCAGCAUCUUCUAAAUUUCAACAAAAAGUUAUCCUCUUCCUCCAGUGCUCUCAUCCACAAAGACAUCAGCCAAGGGAACUCUGCUGUUUCUACUGCCAACUUGUCAAUCACAGAACAGUUAGUGUCAGGUCUAAAGGGUGGGAGAACCAAAUCAAACAUGUUAAGUGAUUGCUGGGAACAUCAGUGCCUCAGCAGAUCCCUCUCUCCAAGGCAGCAUUUGGCUCAUGAUCCUGCAGUUAGCUCAUCAAAAGAUCUAUGUGGUGUGAAAACCAAGGAAAAUGGGAAUGCAGGGGGCUUCGUGGUAGGGAAAAGCACAUUGUCAGGAAGCAUCCUUUCUCAAAGCAAUCUGGAGAUUAAGAAGCUGGAAGGUAACUGGGAUAAGGGCAGAGCUGCAACAUCCUUUUCUUUGUCAGACGUCUCUACACUCUGUUCUGAUGCACCAGAUUUACAUUCCACUGCAAUUCUCCAGGAGAGUGAAAUUUCCCACCUUAUUGACAAUGUCACUUUAACAAAUGAGAAUGAGCCUGGCAGUUCCAUCUCAGCACUGAUUGGCCAGUUUGAUGAGACCGGCAACCAGGCUAACCCUACAGUUGUUUCUCAUCUUCAGAGCUCCAGUGUGAUGUCGGGCCAUCCUCCUGUGUCCACCAUGGACCUAAAAAUGCCCUUCAAGCCUGGCUUUUCUAAUGGAAAACCCAAGUCAUCCUUCCUGUGCUCAUCUCCUGAGCAGAUUGCACUCUCUGGACACGAGACCUGUCAAUGUUCAACACAUACAGCUGUUGGUGAAACUAUCUGCACUCCUGUCUCUAAAACGAAACCAGACAAUGACCUUUCUGGGAAGGCCAUGACUGGGGCCAUAGAAAACAACCUGCCUCGGUCCUCUAAUACUUCUCACUGCUGGUUGCCAGAAAGUCCCACCCAUGGGAAAGACUGGGAAAUCCUGAAGAACCCCAGCCCUGCCACUUCCACUGACUUGACACUGGAGGAUGUAAUAGCUGCUCCUACUCUCAGUUUAAAUUCUGGGGAGAGCAGUCUAGUAGAAAUGGAUGGAGACUCAGAAAAUCUGUCCCUAACAACCUAUGAAUAUAGGAGAGAGGGCACAAGUCACCUCACUUCUCCUUUAAAAGUGAAAUACAGUCCAGAUGCAGUGGAACAUUUUCAAAGAGGCUUGAGAAAUGGCUACUGUAAAGAGACUCUCCACCCUUCUGUCUCUGAAAUAUUCAACAAUACCCAAGAUGUCAAAAAUCAAAGUAUCUCUCAUCUAGCCUAUCAGGGUGCUGGGUUUAUGCAUAACCACUUCUCAAAUUCAGAUGCAAAAACGAACCAGACCUCUGGGCCCCUGCCUUGUGCUCAUGACUUGCAUGCCCCUGCCCCGGAGCAGUCCACACACUCUGCUCUGAAGCUGUCCAGUCCGUGCAAAUCCAAAAGUCUUGGGGACUUAACAUCAGAGGACAUCGCCUGUAAUUUUGAAAGCAAGUACCAGUGUAUUAGUAAGAGCUUCGUUACCACUGGCAUCAGAGACAAGAAGGGCAUGACUGUAAAAACAAAGUCGUUAGAGCCUAUGGAUGCCCUGACCGAACAGCUGCGGAAACUUGUGUCCUUUGACCAGGAAGAUGGCUGCCAAGUGCUGUACUCCAAGCAAGAUGCCAAUCAAUUCCCCAGGGCCUUGGUCAGAAAGUUGUCAUCCAGAAGUCAGAGCAGAGUGCGCAAUAUUGCCAGUCGUGCCAAGGAGAAGCAGGAAGCCAACAGGCAGAAGAGUGUGAACCCCAGCACCGUGGGAGGAGUGGUUCUUCGAAGCAAGCCGUGUGCGCCGGCCCCCACAGGGAACCGGCACUCCACCGGUUCCUACAUCGCGGGCUACCUGCGGAGCGCCAAGGGCGGCAGCUUGGAAGGCCGCGGCAUCCCCGAGGGCGCAUGCGCAGCCCUGCGCUCCGGCCACGCCGACAGGUUCUGUUCACAUCAUUCUGUUCUGCAGACCGAACCCAGCAGUGAUGAUAAACCAGAAAUUUAUUUUCUUUUGAGACUGUGAAUUACAUAAAGCUGCAUUUUCACUGUUAAUAAGAUAUUCUGUAGAAUGUCUGAGUUUUUAGGAAAUAUGGUCCUUGGCUUUGAGAUGAUUUUCAGAUGUAUUUUUAAACUCGUAUUACAGCCUCCUUUUGACUCCGUGUGUUCUUUUUGCGUUUGUAUAUAGACCCGGGUGACAUUUCCUGUGUACCUCUGAUCUUUCCUCCCUGAGAUGUGAACUCUAUUGGUAUGAUAUAUGUGCAUGCCCUAGAUGUGAAACUUCUCAGCAGUUUGGGUUCUAUGUUUCACCAAGACGCUCUUUACUCUGUGCUCUCAGCUCACGGUCACAAAUGUAGUCAUUUUUACUCUCUGCUAAGAGAUUUUUACAAAGGACAAAGGGAUGAAUUCUUUAUUUUAAAGCCAUUACCAUCUUUCCUAGUUUUCCUUCUUUAUUGAGAAGCUCAGAUGCAUUUUUAUAACUCAGUUAAAAGAAGAUUUAAAAAGUUACCUACCUUACCUUUCAAGAUUUCUCUACCCCACCCAGAAGGAGAGUUCAGAGGAGAUGGGUAGCUGCCCUCCCCACCCCCCAACCAUACCCUCUCAUUUUAGAGCCAGGUGUGAGGGUCUGAGGAAUAAAGCAAACUUCUGUAUAUAAGGACAAAAUUGUUUGUUUUACAUAAAUUUUGUUACAUAUUUUUGCUAAUGGCUUUGUAUGUAACAAGAACACAGUUGCCAAGCUAUUUGUUGUAUUUUUGAAUUUUCUGAUUAAAUUAUAGGCUGCAAAUAAUGGCUUUCAGGAUGAAGGACUUCCAGCAUAUGCUAACAAUGACAUAGCACAAAUUGAAAACUUCCCAAAGCUUUCAAGAAAAAAAAUAUUUUCUCAUGCUAAAACCCAAGUGAAUAUAGAUAAUUAGAAGAAAUCUUUUCCCUUCAGGGAGCCAAGUAACUCUAUUUUAGUACCAACAUACAUUAUUUUCACUGUGAAUCCAUUUUUUAUUGCAUGUUCAGAUGUCCCUCUUUGCUUUUUUGUAAUGUUAACCGCAAUGAUGUUCUUCUUGGAAUUCAUGAAAAUAUAAUUAAAGGAGAUUUUUAAACA